AAAUUGCAAUAAAAGAGGUUGUGGACAAAACAAGCUCUCAGCCUCAUUCGGCAGUAAGCAAGCGCAAAUUAAUUAGCUUUGUGCGCGAGCCGCGAGUGAGAAAGAGAGAUGGGGCUAUCAACAAAUGCCAAGGCCAAGACGAACAACAGCAGUAGCCACAGCAGCGAGAACUGGGGCAUGGGUUUACUCCUGGUCUUCUUCCCCCAGGAUGAUAACCACCCCAUGGUUGACAAAAACAACCUCUUCUCCUCCUCCUCCUCCUCCUCCUCUCCUUCUUCAUCCCCACCACCACCACCGACAACUUCUUCUUCUUCUUCUCCUUCAUUGAUCAAAUCCAGCAUUAGAAGAAGCAGUACUUCCAAGGCUAUAAUCUCCAGAGCCCAAUCCACCAUGUCCAUCUGCGCCCUCUUCCUCUUCAUCACCCUCCUCCUCUUCACUCUCUCCACCUUCGAACCCACCGCCAAUAGGAUCCCUCCAACCUCCCCACGAAGAUUCCUUUUCCAAAAACGUCCGCCAAAUUACGUCCACAACUCCAAAUCCCCCAAGCCCAAAACCAAUAAUUCCCUACUCCGUUCCUCAUGGUUCUUCAAAGCGUUUACGGAAAAGUCAUACAACACAACAAAUUCUGCUAUCUCGCCAAUUACUGCGCUGCAAGGAAUGGGAACUCUCUAUAGGCGAGGCGCCAAAGCCAUGAACGAUCUGGUUGUUGCUCAUGUCGUGGAGGACGUCACGGACGACGAGCUCCGGUUGUUCUCGAGAGCCUUGCACAGGUCCGGCCUCACGGCGAGAGCGGACAUAGUUUUCAUAUUUGCUUCCUCGUCGUUUUCGUCGAGAUUUGGUUCGAUAAUACAAGAAGAAAACGACUCGUUCUUGAAACUCGUUCAACAUUAUAAGAAGUCGAAUAGCACUAGUCCGAAGCGAGUCACGGGUUUUGAUGUGACUCACUUUGUGAAGGGUGGGAAGAAGGAGAAGAAGGAAAUGGAGGAGCCCAUAUGGGGUAAGAGAUUUAGGAGCAAUUACAGUAACUCGGAUGGUGUUGAAAGGGAAGCUGAGUCGACCCAGUUGAGUGUUGGGUCGGUGGUGGGGUUUGAUGCGUCUGAACUUGACCCGGAGAACUCGCUUUCCGGGUUUCUAGACCACGUUCCCAUGAAUAUGAGAAGAUGGGCCUGUUAUCCGAUGCUACUCGGCCGAGUUCGCCGGAAUUUCAAGCACGUAAUGCUGGUGGACGUGAAGAACUCGGUUGUACUCGGUGAUCCACUCGGCCGAGUUAGGAAUCGAAGCCCCGUGUCAGUUUAUUUAUCACCGAAGCCAGAGAGUUCUUCUGGCAGGCAUGGUAAGAAGAACUCGGACAAAACUCAGUCUCAUAGCCCAGUCAACUCAGCCGUUAUAAUGGGUGGGGCUCGAGGGGUCCGGCGAUUAUCGAACGCCAUGUUAACCGAGAUUGUUCGAGCCUCAAUGCAACACAAGAGGAAGAGCUCAGCGUCGGAGUCGGGGAUUUUGAGUCAACUCGUUGCGAGUGAGUUUAUGCUGAAGAAUAUCGAUUUGAUCAGAUCCAGCGAGUCAAUCCCGGAUACGAGUUCACUCGCUGGUCUAAACUCAGUCUCUUCCACGUCACUGUCAGGGUACGCUGUAAUCCUACGUGCUAAUGGUAUUUAUGAUUCUCGUUCUGUUCUUAUGAAGGUAUUAUGUACAUCUGAAGCGGAUUCUUCUGUUUAUAGGGAUUGUUAGCAGAAAAAAGAAAGAAUAGAAAUUAUAUAUAAUAUAAGUCAGAUAUAAAUUGUUUUUUUCUCCAUUACUUUUGUACCUUCUUACGUGUAUAUAAAAUAUUUGGAAAUAAAAUGAAAUAAAAUUCUUGCA